UGCCUGUCAGACAGACUUAAAGAAAUGGUAGUUAAAGCUGUGAUUUUGAGGUCUCUCACUGUCUCUGAUUCCCUCUUUCUCUCAGACUCUAGUAACGUGUGGGUGCGGGUGUGCCAUGCCGAGGCUCACAGAGGACUAAAGCAGUACUGUCAGGCUUUAGAAAACUGGGAGAACUGCCUGAUUGCUACCCCAUCCCCAGAGGGAUAUUUCCAGAAAGCAAAAAUUCUCCAAGAGAUGGGUCAUGUAGAUGAAUCUCUGCAGGUCUUCCUUCAGUGUUUGGCAUUGGAUGAACACUUCCAUCAGGCCAAACGAGAAGUGGAAUUGAUCUUGCAUGACCUGUUGGCUCCGGCCUGUGAUAAUGUCAAGGUGUGUUUGAGCGAGACAACCCAUAACACUUCCUCACACUUGCGCAGUAAAACCCUGGUGUCUGAGGGCCAGGAUCAAGACCAGCAGACCCAUUUGCAAGCCCGGCACCAGUCUAUCACGCCAGCAGCAUCUACCCAUCUGUCCCCUACAACCACAGAGAAACCAGGUCGGUCUGAAAGUCUGGAGCGCUCUGGCCUGAGCAGAGCUCACUCCCUUCGUGCUCACGGGAUAGGGGGAGCUGUAGAGGAGGGGCUUAAAAGAGUUAGCUCCGCCCCCCAGUUGGGGGACCCAGUAAAGGGGGUGCUGCUGAAAAGGAAGCUGUCUGUGUCUGAAGCAGGGCCUGGCGUGGCUUACAGCCACAGCAGUAAAUAUAAGAAGCAAGUAGCGACUGCCAGUGCAGCUACUCCUGUAGUUACUGAGGAAACCAAGUCCCAUCGAACCCUGCCAGAAGACCUGCUGGACCCGAAUGAUUUUGAAUGCUCUCUCUGUAUGAGAUUGUUUUAUCAACCUGUCACGACACCCUGUGGUCAUGCGUUCUGCAAAAACUGUCUGGAGCGCUGUCUAGACCACAACCCCCAAUGCCCUCUCUGCAAAGAAAGCCUGAAAGAGUAUCUUGCCUUCAGAAAGUACACAAUCACACAAGUGCUGGAUAAAAUCAUUAAGCAGUAUCUAUCCAAGGAACAUUCAGAGAGACUGAAGCUGCAUGCAGAGGAAACAAACGAGCUCUCAGAUUUAACAAAAAAUGUGCCCAUCUUUGUUUGUACCAUGGCCUACCCCACUGUGCCUUGCCCCCUUCAUGUGUUUGAGCCACGAUACCGUCUCAUGAUCCGACGCUGCAUGGAAACCGGGACACGUCAGUUCGGCAUGUGCAUCAGCGAAACCCAGAAAGGGUUUGUGGACUACGGCUGCAUGCUCCAGAUCCGCAGUGUGCAUUUCCUCCCAGAUGGACGCUCUGUCGUGGAUACAAUCGGAGGAAAGAGGUUUCGCGUCCUCUCACGUGGAAUGAGAGAUGGAUACUGUAUCGCCAACAUCGAGUAUCUGGAGGAUAUGAAAGUCAAUGAUGAGGAGGAUUUGGAGAAGCUACAAGUGUUACAUGAUCAGGUGUACGAUCAGGCCCGUAAAUGGUUCCAGAACCUGGAGAACCGCUUCCGGAACCAGAUCCUGCAGCAUUUUGGGCCAAUGCCUAUGAGGGAGGCUGACAUCCAGGCCACACCUAAUGGUCCAACGUGCUGUUGGUGGCUGCUAGCUGUUCUUCCUGUCGAUCCACGUUACCAGCUGUCUAUCCUUUCCAUGACAACACUAAAAGAACGUCUAGUCAAGAUCCAGCACAUCCUCACCUACCUGCAGAACUUUUCCAGCAACUAGAGCUUCCACCCAAACACACACAGAACUCUAUUUCCACCAGCUAAUGUCUGUGUCCUUCUUGCUGGCCAACAUGCAAAAACUCUAUGGUGCUGAAUGAUGAAGAACUAAUGAGAAUUUAGGGAGACUCCACUGAAAGCCUGACACAGAUUUCUACCUGUGGGGUUAGAUGUAAUUCAUGCCGAGAGUUCUAAGAACAAAGUGUUUUUCGUUGUUUUGUACUACCAAUCUGUUCAUCAACAUCUGACUUUUCUUUGUGCAGAUUCCUGUAGUAUUUAUUGCUGAACAACCUGUCCGUUCUCAUUUAGUUGAAACAGUCUUCUUAAAAUCACAUUUCCGUCUAAUGCCUGUAGCCUCCAUACAGUGCUUUGAUGGCAGAAAUAUUGCUGGAGAGCAUUCCAACAUUUUCAACGUGAUCACACCAUGCUUUGUGUGUGUGUGUGUGUGUGUGUGUGUGUGUGUGUUGAAGUAGACAGGGAGCAUCUGCAAAAACAAAAUCUUCAAGGUACAUUUUUAGGCACCAAGGCAGAAGGCAAGACUAUUCGAAAUAUAUUUUCUUCUUCACUUAAUACUCUGGAAAAACAAAAGCAGGAAUAUUGCUUCCGAGCAUCCAGCCGAGCUUUCGCACAAGAAGUCGUUGUCGCACAGGCAACAGCUGAGUUGCCUAAGACAGAGAAAACUCUGACGAUGCACUUGUAUUCAUUUGGGUUGCUUUUGCAGUAAUGGACGUCAAUGAAGCUAACACUGUCCCAUCCUGUCUCAAGCUUUCAGCUCAGAGGUGGGCAUGAGACUGUUUAGCAUAGAUUUAUUUCUGCCGGGGAAAUAAUUAGGACUUCCAGAUAUCUGGAUAGUUUCGUUUCAGACGUAUCGUUCAUUUGCUGUGGGUUUGCUUUGGUCAAUCAAAAACAGCAUAAACAACAUGUCUCCAUAUUGCAAGUGUCUCUGUUAGUUACAAGCUGCUCUUUGUCAAGUUCUUUAGAAGUCAUUUUAAGAUAUUGCUAAGAUAUUGAUAUAUUUUAUUUGUGUAAACAAAGGGAAACUUGCAAUAUUUUGACAGAUGUAGACAAGUGAAAAACAAACUAUCGUUGGCUGCAACCAGCACCAUACUGAAAGGAGACCCAGCAAGCAUUCUACAUAUUGACAGUGAUGAAUGCUAACUCGCCUGUGUGGUGCAUGUUGUGUGCAAACUAACUUUUGCCUUAUAAUACCUUGCCGCAUUCUGCUCCUAUGGUAUAAUGUAUCGGCUUGGGUUUUUGCAUUCCUGUUGAUGGAGAAAUAAUUCUGUGGUUUAAUUUAAUUCAUUCGCCUCUUGGCCAAAAUCCUUUCAGUGUGAAAAAUAUGUCGGAUAAUGGCUUUGUUGUAUGUAAAUCAUUUUGUUUUGAAAAAUAUUAUUUUUAUAGCUCUGCUCAAAUAUUUAAGUUGUGAAUUUUCAAAUAAAACGCACAUCUUUUUCAUUGUA